AUGGAGAAAGCUCGCAAACGAAAGCGCAAUUUCCUGAAACAUGCUUCCUCAUCUCCUGAAUGGCCAGCCUCGGAUCGUCCACCCAGCUUGAAGGUCGACAUCAUGCUGAUACCAGGUCGCCCAGCGUUGAAAACCCGUUCGACCGCCGGCCGAAGUAUCUCCCAUAAUCAUUCUAGCUGA